AUGUCAAUUCCUGAGCAUGAGGCGCAUGUGUUGAGAUACCAUAUUGACUACAAAUAUGGCCAAAAGCAUAAGUUGUGUUUCGUAUUGCAAGUACUUUUAGAUCCAGACAUACCAAACAAGAGCUUAAAUGAAAUCAAGAGUGUACUUGUCUCAACUCUUGCAUCACAUGGGCAAUUGUCCGAGGCUCUUCUUGUAUAUGAGGAGAUUAAGAAAGCUGGAUAUAAUUUGGAGCCAAAAGCUGUUAUAAGUCUUAUUGAGGAGUUCACUCAAUUCAAUGGGGAAUUGGAUGGGCUACUGCUUCUACUUAAGGAAGUGAGUGAUCUAGACUAUUGGGUUGAUGGUUGCUUCAAGGUUAUCAUGUAUUGUAUACGGAUCAAGAAUUUGAGUUCUGCUAUUCUCUUGUGCAAGCAACUCAAGGAUAAGUUUGAAAAUGAUGAAAUAGUAAUGGAAUCUCUUAUGAUGCGGUAUUUUCUCUAAUUGCAGCAUCUGAGUCCACUCAUUUACAGAUUGGCCUAGACUUGCUUUUCUUCACGACAGUGUCUUGAUUUUCUUCUAAGUUCUUGUGCGAAUGCCGGAGAUUUGAAUAAUGCUCGCUUGAUUUGGAGAGAAUACGAGAUUGCUGGAUUUCCUUACAAUGUAAAAUGUUACUUGAGAAUGUAUCAGGCACUUUUGGCAGCAGGAGAUCAUAGAUCUGCUGACUUUAUGCUUAAGAAAAUUCCACAAGAUGAUGCCGAGGUUUGUUCUGUCAUCAUAGCAGGUCAGGAAACUUACAAUGGUUUUAAUUCUGUAGGAGGGGAGAAAAAGCAAGGAAAAAUAAAAAAGAAAGAAAAGAGUAAGACUUGAAUACUAGUUCCAUCUUGGGAAGAGAGAUACCCAAUUUUUGUUUGGCUUUAGAAAUAUGCUUCACAAAGGGUGAUGUACCUGAUUUAAUAUAUACUUAACCUAUUGAUUAUCAUUGAAGAUGUUGGUUCCAAUUAAUUAUAUUGAGGGUGGUCCUACUUGAUUUAGAAUAGGCCUG